AUUCAGUAUGGUGGAGUGUUUGAUAUUUCAGGAACACAGUCCCAAGUUAGGUUAAUUACCUGACAGUUUGGAUUUUGGUUUUAUUACAUUUAGUCUGCAAUACAAAUGACCUUUUUUCCUUAAUGACAUCUAUGCAUUUUGUUAAAUAUGGCUUUGAAUUUUUUUCUGUAGACAAAUGACACUGUUCAAAAACUUUUUUUAUAUAUUUAUUGUUAUGACUGGUCUCAAUGUUGACAUUUACACCUACUUUUUUAAAAAGGCCUGAGAUCCAUGUGUAAAAUGAAAAUUGUAUCUGUUCCUACAUUUUAUUGCUUCAAAAUUAUGCUUUUAAUGUGUGCUCAAGUGCAAAAAGCUCCAUGAUGUAAUAAUUUUAAAAUCUAAUCAUGAUUGUCUGUUCAGUUCUAUAUGCACCAUAAAUUUCAGUAAUUGUUUUAAAAACUCAAUUUUGUUUUCUUACAGCCACUUCUGUCUAUGGUAUGAGAUUCAAGGGUACACUUGUGGCUGAAAGACAGAGAACCAAAAUUCACUAUCCUUGUAAUCCCUCCAGUGAGCAGUCCUGGACAUUCUCUAUAAACAGACACUAAAAUCUAAUAGAAGUACUCUGACUAGGGGAUGCUUCUGUGGCAGUUAAUCUAACCUUGAUUAGACCUGAAUUUUAAUUAAUCUUCCUGUAUAGUUGCAGAAUGCCAGUCUUUGCUUCCCUAUGGAUUGUAUACAGAUACAUUUAUUCAUUACUAUAUUGAUUCCUUUGCUUCCUCCUGUAAAAAAAACUAAAAUAAAAAACCGUGUGCAGUUUGUCCAGAAAUUUCAGAUGAAUCUAUUGUAGCAUAGUAAUAAUCACUUUUUGAAGGCUUAUGUUCAUGAAUUUAUAGAUCAUUUCAGAUAAGUUAAAUACUUAUUACACAAAUAUCUUAUGCAGCAAUGCUUUAUCAAAAUAAGCAAGUGUUAUAAAUGCCAUCAAUUCUAAGCUAGAAUAGGAAAGUUGAAGGAUAAGUAGAUGCAAACAAUAUAUCAGCAUAUGUAUACGUUUUAUUUCAGAUCUCUUUGUAAUAUGAACAUACUUUCUCUGUUACUUUGGUUCAUGCUUAAAUAACUAUACAGAGUUGUGAGGUGAGGGCAGGUUGGUUUGGAAAUGUGGUUAAGGGAGUGAUGAAUAUUCCUUAGUACAAAAAAGAUACAUAAAGUAAAUAUGGCAUCUAGCAACUACAUAGGCAAUAAUAUUUCACUUAUUUUGACAACUAUAAUGCUUUUUAUAAUGCAGUUAGCUGAAAUAUUUAGCAAAUGAAAGUGUGUUGGGAAAUGGAUGAGUAACUUUCCAAGCUUCAGACUAACAAUAUAGCAUUGACCUUUACCAUAGUAUCUGAAUAUUCAUAUUCUGAAUGAAGAUGUCUGUCCUCUGUACAGGAAGUUUUGGGUUUGGGGGUAUUUUAAGUAUAAAUAUAAAUUUCUCCCUGUAGGACUGCCCCAGAAUUUGGAGGACUAGGAAUGAGAUAUUAGGAAGCUGAGAGUUGAGUGAUCUCAUGUACUAAGUCUUUGAAAGACUGUUGAAGUCAGCAAAAAAAAUGCUUGGGGUUUUUAAAACUUCAUUAUGUUAAUACAACAGCACAUUUAAAGAAAGUAUGAAUGGGCACAAUUUGAAUUUUGGCUGUGAAGCUGACAUCGUUAAAAUAAAAAAUGUUUUAUGAGUUAAAAAAGGAUUUUACAAAAUCUGACCCUAAAUAUUAUCCCUGUCCAUAACUUUUCUUAUUUUCCACACAAUAGGCAAAGUCAGGUAGAACUUGUAUCCCAAGUUUUAGAAUUGGCUACCUGUUUGCCAUAUCAUGUUUAUUCACUUCCAUAGAAUAACAUUUGAAGCUAUAACUCAAAUGUAAACUGUGGUUCUCAUCCAGAUGUUUAGCCCAAGAAUUAACUGCAAUAAUAUUCAUGAAGGGUAGUCUCUAAACUGCUCCACAGCUAACACUAAUGGACACCCUUCUUAGCCUCAGUAAAGAGGGUGCCAAAUGAAUAGACCUAGAAUCAGAAAUAUUCUUUUUUCCACCCUAAAUUGUAGUGGUGAAGUCAGGACUGAGACUCACUGAUGUGUGAGGGGGAUGUGCAAUGGCAAAAGCAGCAGCUUUUAUUCAUAAAGUGUCUUUUGUAGAGUCUAAGUAAGAAUGCAUAUUUAUAUGCUGGUAGUAAGACACAAAGGUGUUCCCUCUUUUUAUAUCUGCAUGUGAAAUGACUUAUGUGCACCAAUAUGGAGAUUAUACUGCAGCUCUGGGGCUUGGGGAGAGGUGUCUCUCCCCCAGCUGUGGAAGCUCUGGGGUUUGAGGUGAGACACCUCGCCCAGCUGCAGCCUUGAGCCUCUGCACAGGGGAAAUUAAGGACAUUGAAGUGCUACUGAGAGUUCACAAAUAUUAAACUAGCUAAAUACAGAGUGCACUCAAACAGUUUAAUCUUUUGAUUACAAGUACAAUUUAAGCUUAAUGUAACAGUAGAAGAUGCAGUGUUUUCAGAUUCUGAGACUACCCAAUAUUUUUUAGACUUAAAGGGGAAAAAAAGGUAACAGAAUUGAUGAUUCCAAAUUUGAAAGAAAAAAAAGUUUCGCCUUAGCAUUUUCAAUAUUUUUAAGUUUUGACGUGGCAUUGAUAUAGCAAGAGGAAACUAUUUUCUUGUGAACAUUCUGUCCUGUGCUUUGUACAGUCAGGGUGCCUGGGACCAGAACCCUAUUGUGUUGAAAGUACUUAAUGUCUAUAUAUCUAUGGAUGUAUGUAGAGUAAAAGAUUUUUCUUAUUCUGAUAGAAUGAAACGAGGAAGGAAAAAUAGUGAGAACAAAAACAGUUCAUUAGAGGAGAUUGGAGAAGAAUCUAAGAAACAGAAGAUUGCAGAUGAAGAAUCCACUAAAAUCUCUGAGAGUCCUGAUUGGGGUAAUCUCCUUCCAGACAUUAUUUUGCAGGUGUUUCAGUACUUGCCUCUUCUUGAUCGUGCUCAUGCAUCACAGGUCUGCCGAAGAUGGAAUCAGGUGUUUCAUAUGCCUGAUCUAUGGAGAUGUUUUGAGUUUGAACUGAAUCAACCAGCUACAUCUUAUCUGAGGGCUACACAUCCUGAGCUUAUCAAGCAAAUCAUUAAAAGGCAUUCCAAUCAUCUGCAAUAUGUUAGCUUCAAGGUGGACAGUAGCAAGGAAUCAGCAGAAGCAGCUUGUGAUAUUUUAUCACAACUUGUGAAUUGCUCUUUAAAAACACUUGGACUAAUUUCAACUGCUCGACCAAGCUUCAUGGAUUUACCUAAGUCACACUUUAUCUCUGCACUGACAGUGGUGUUUGUAAACUCCAAAUCCCUCUCUUCACUUAAAAUAGAUGAUACGCCAGUAGAUGAUCCAUCCCUCAAAGUACUAGUGGCUAAUAACAGUGAUACACUCAAACUGUUAAAAAUGAGCAGUUGUCCUCAUGUUUCUCCUGCAGGCAUCCUCUGUGUGGCUGACCAAUGUCAUGGUUUACGUGAGUUGGCACUGAACUACUAUCUCUUGAGUGAUGAGCUUCUGAUUGCUUUGUCUUCUGAGAAACAUGUCAGAUUAGAACACUUGCGCAUUGAUGUAGUCAGUGAGAAUCCUGGACAGACUCAUUUCCACACAAUUCAGAAAAGCAGCUGGGAUGCUUUCAUCAAGCAUUCUCCCAAAGUAAACUUAGUCAUGUACUUUUUCUUAUAUGAAGAGGAGUUUGACCCAUUUUUUCGUUACGAAACCCCUGUCACCCACCUUUACUUUGGGAGAUCAGUAAGCAAAGAUGUACUUGGUCGUGUUGGAAUGACAUGUCCUCGAUUAGUUGAACUGGUUGUGUGCGCCAAUGGCUUACGGCCACUAGAUGAAGAACUUAUUCGUAUUGCAGAACGUUGUAAAAAUCUGUCAGCUAUUGGCCUAGGGGAGUGUGAAGUCUCUUGCAGUGCCUUUGUUGAGUUUGUGAAGAUGUGUGGUGGCCGCCUCUCUCAACUCUCUAUAAUGGAGGAAGUCUUGAUUCCUGAUCAGAAGUACAGCUUGGAGCAGAUUCAUUGGGAAGUGUCAAAGCAUCUUGGUAGAGUCUGGUUCCCAGACAUGAUGCCCACGUGGUGAGGUCCUUAAAGACUCCAGGUCAUGUGAAAUAGCACCUUAAAUUUGAGACUACCAUAUUGCAAUUUAUCACAAGCAUAUUUAAUUUUUUUAUUGUAAUGUCAUUGUUUAUUAAAAAACCAGUCAUAUUUAGCACUAAUUUCUGAAAUCCAUAUUUUAUAUGCUUAAAUCUGGAUAUCCCAAAACCUCUGUCAUGCAAAUAACCUAAACAGAUUAGUUUUUUCUUACUUUUUGCCAUUGAUAAGACCCUAAAUGUGGGUACCUCUAGACUGCUUUCCUCUUCCGACCCUUUUUGUGGAAGAGGCUUUUUUUUGUUUUUUGCCAAAAAACGCAGUCUAGAUGCAGCUUUUUCAAGAACUUUUUCGAAAGAACCCAUAUGCCUCAAAAAAAUGAGGUUUACAGGUUUUCAAAAAAGGGCUUGUUUGCAAAAAAGCUGCAUCUAGACUGCAUUUUUUUGGAAAGUAGUCUAGAUGUAUAAAUGUUUUUAUUUUUACAUACAGGGUACAUUUAAAAGCUGUGGCUGCAAAAUAUUAGCUACAAAUUACAAUAUCUUAUUCCUGUUGCUUUAAUGUAGAUAUUAAGUGAACAUGACUGAUUUGUAUUGACUUAAAAAGGGAGAUGAGAUUGAAUGCUUUUACUGCAGACUAUAGCAGUUACCACGUGUUUAAGUUAUUUGAACUGCCUAAACUACAGAAUUUAAGAUUAUAUGCAGUACACUAUGAAACUCAUAUUAUAUAGUAGCAAAUUAAGAGGCAAAGGAAGUACUGUUUGGACACUUUAAAUUUGCUACUUAAUGUUUUUAAUUUCUAUUAGUAAUUUGCACACAAUGUAUUUAAUGAUUUAAUUAUGAGGGUUAUCAAAAGCUUUUUUUCCCUAUGCAGUUUUUCAUGUAAAACUGACAUUUUUGGGGUCUUCAGAGCCAUUCCUAAGUAUUAAUUAUAGCUCAGGAAACUGAAGCAUUCUGGAAGAAAUUGUAGAUACACAGUACUAUAUUUUGAUACUGAGCUUUUCUCAGUUUAAAACCAGUCUUGCAGAAUUUCAUUAGCUGGAAUAUUGCAUGUAAUUCUAGAUUUAAAAAAAGCUAAAAAUGUGCAAAGAAAUAUGUGAAGUAAUAAUGCCUAUUUUAAAUAAGCGAAUAGAGCAGAGUGAACACUACAUUUUUAAAAGGCUAAGGAGCCAUUUAACAAACUUGGAAGACCCAUUAACUGCUUACAAAUUUGAGAGCGAUGACUUUGUAACUAAAUCACCUAAACUAUAUAAAUUGCUAUUUUGUAAAUCUAUCUUCAGAAAUGUUCAUAUAUGAAGUGAAUGAUAGCUAUCAAUUUUUGUAUUCCUUUAUUUCAACUAGUUUCAGAUCAUUUCAUAUUAAACUCAGAGCAUCAAGCCUGUGUGAAAUAGAGCAAUAUUCAGAAAUUAGAUGUACAAUUUCACAAAAGCAAUGUUUAUUCAAUUGUUUUGAUCAAAGAAAAUGUUAGCCUAACUUUCCUGGUGGCAUGCUUCUCAUUUUUGGGUUGUACAGUUCUUGUAACUAAGUUUGUUUACUUCUAAUGUUCAUUGUGCUCCAAAUGUAUAGUUUGAGGGUAAACUGUAAAAUUUAUAAUGUUCAUAUUUAACUUUAUAAUGUUUUUGAACAAGCAUUGCUCAGUGGACUGACAUCUUAACAGUGAAGUUGUAUGUUUCUGUAGAGGUUUGUGUUUAAGAAUCAUUCUGAGUAGACAAUGUUUUGUAUUAAUGUUAAACUGUAGUACUAGAUUUGCUUUUAUUUGUACAAAGAUGACAAUAUACUUAGUCUUUGUAAAAGAAAUGUUAAGUUUGGUGUUUAA